UUCCCACAAAUCAAGUUUACAGUUGCGAAUAAACAUUGAUAAAUAUCCACAGGUUGAGUGUAGUGUGUGAGGCGCGCAUGCAUUCCUUGUUUUUUGUGCUCCUUGCAUGAGUCCUUAUAUUGAUGUCGAGGUUAACGGAUUGCUUCUGUGAUAUAUUGGUCAAUUAAGUAUUGUAGCACAGUGAUGUCACCAUAACAACUGGCCAGAUUUGUAAGUGUGAGAUGUGAGGAGCCUGUCCAGCUGAGAAGGGCAGCUUCGCUUUGGACAAGUAGGAGCGAGUACUUUUCUGGCUUCUUGCGAAAGAAUGAUCUCAACACAGAAAUCUUAUUUUUUCCACUUUUGGAAGUUUUCGAAAGAGACGUGCCUGCUGGACGCCCCAUCAGAGAAACUGCUGAAGGAGCUGGAGGAGGAGCUGAAGCUCAGCAGCAGUUAUAUACAAAGCCACGGCUGGUACCAUGGCCGAGUACCUUGGGAGGUAGCGGAGUCUCUCUUGCUUGAAGAUGGGGAUUUCCUGAUUCGAGAUUCUCUCAGCAGUUUUGGAGACUAUGUCCUAACCAGCCGCUGGAACCAGAAGCCUCUUCACUUCCUAAUCAGCAAAGUGCUCCUUAGAUCCAGUGAUACCUACAGUCGAAUGCAGUACGUUCUGGAGGGGGAAACAUUUGACUCCAUUCCAGCCUUGAUUCAUUUCUAUGUGGGGAAUCGGACGCCUGUAACCAAGCAAAGUGGGGCCCAAAUCUGCACCCCUGUAAACAGAACGUUACCACUGCGCUAUCUGGAGAUCAUGUUCGGCCAGACCAGCCCAGAGGGGACUCCAGUAAACUCACCCACGCACAGGAAGGGAAGUGUGAGUAGAAGAGAAAGCAUAGCAGUGACAGAGGUACUGGCCAUAGAGCUAAUAAACCCCCAGAGGGAGGCAGUCAAGAGCUUUGCUGCAAACCUAGAACAGCGUGUUGUGGUGACAACAUCCCCAACACCAGUAAACACCCUUUACAGACGCAGAAGAAGUCCAUCACGCAACAGGAAGUUUGUUGUAGUCCCCUCAUCCCCGGUUCUUCAAAGACCCAUUGAAACACUCCUUAGCACCUCCACACCUGAUAGCGCUGUCAUCUACUUGGAGCCUACAGACAACCUCUGGUCUACGAUGACAAGGGCCUGUCAAAGCCCUACAGCAGAGCCCUGCAACCUGCAGUCGGACCCUACCACCCCUCCACCUGUCCCUGCUCAGAUAGAGCCUCCUCACAGUGGACAAGAGGAGCAGACUGUGACUGGCCUCACAGAGGAGGACGACGAUGAUUAUUUAAUGCCUCUUGUGGUUGAAACAGCCUCCAGCUUCAGCCCCAGUAUGUACCAGUCACCACUGCUCCCUGCCGAGAAUAAACCACUAGAAACAAGAGUCCUGAGGAGAGUGAAGGAGGUGCUUUCAGACGCUGAUACAAAAACAAUGGCUAUGCACAUCACCAAAGUCGACUGCAUGGUUGCUCGAAUCCUGGACACAACUGAUGACAGAUCAAGAGGAAUGGGAGUGAGUUCAGGAAUGGAGCUGCUCACACUUCCACACGGCCACUAUCUCCGACAGGACCUGCUGGAAAGGUUUCACACCAUGUCAACCAUGCUGGCAGUGGAGCUGCUGGGCUGCACAGGCAGUGUGGAAGAAAGAGCAGCUCUGCUGCACAGAACUAUCUCACUGGCUUCAGAGCUGAAAAGCAUAAUGGGCAACAUGUUCGGCUUCAGUGCAGUAAUGAAAGUUUUGGAACUUCCACAGAUUGCACGGUUGGAAGAGACAUGGACGAUUUUACGGCAGAAGUUUACAGAAAGUGCAGUCCUGUAUGAGAAAACCCUGAGGCCUUCUUUAAAGAGAAUGAACGAUGGAAAAGAGGUGUGUGAACCUUCAGAGACAACAGUCCCCCAUGUGCUUCCUCUGCUGCACCUGCUUGAGAAGACUGUGGUCAGUCUUGAAGGAUCUGAGUCAUGGGAGAGUUUGGACGCUGGGAUGGACUCUGUUCUGGGUCAUUUAGAUGCUGCACGGACCAUUGCAUGCCAUGGGGAGACGUUCUGUGAUAACGCAAAGAUGAAACUACAGGGCUUACAGGAGCAGCCAGACCUUCAAGAAAUUUUCCUCACAGAGUUUCAGAUGCGUCUGCUUUGGGGCAGCCGUGGGGCAGAAGAGAGCAGGGAGGAGCGCUACGAGAAGUUUGACAAAGUUCUAACAGCCCUAUCUAACAGGCUGGAACCACCUCUUUCAGCACAGUGACCAUCCAGCAAUUAUCACGUUACUUACUGACUGCGAAAUAUGUGUCUGUUCUUCUUUUUGAUGAACACCACAGGAUGGUUUAAGGAAGUCUGUGUGAUUAUAAGUUAUUUGUUGUUGACUUUUUUUUUUACAGUUUUGUAAAUAUUGUAAAUAAAAAAUCCUAUUCAGAUUUGUACUUUUAUGUAUGAUUAACAUUAUUUGUAUUAACUCAUCAAUCUUGUGUUCCUUAUCAAUUGCACUUACAGUAGAUUGUUAUGAACUUUAUAUUUUUUAUACUGACUGCUUAAUAAUGGCCCAGCUUUCUAAUUAUCCUCUCAGAUUAAAGCACUUCUAUACUGA